AUGAAGCAAGAUAAGUCUACCAGUGGAAUUGCUACCCUACCUAGCGAUCAAAACAUUUAUGCAUCGGAAGAGAAGAUGAUUAUCGCACUGGACUUUGGAACGACGGCUUAUUCGAAAACAACCGGAAACCUCUACGAUCAUAAGCUAUGCAAGCCAGCCGUUGAAGUGGCCGUUGAUUUUAGAGCCAUGUACGAACACGCUACGGAAAGAAUCAUGGCUAGUUGGCCUGAGGAUUACAUUAAGAUUGCAGCUAGGAAGGCUGGUAUUUAUCCAGUGACUCUCGUCAAGGUGCCAGAAGCAGCAGCAUUAUACGCGCUGACCGAAUUCAAAGACAAGGCGCUAUCUAUCGGCGACGCAUUCGUCAUUUGCGAUGCUGGUGGUGGUACAGUGGAUCUCAUAUCAUAUGAGAUAGUUAAAUUGAAUCCCAGGUUAGAGUUGAGAGAGCUCGUACCUGGUACCGGCUGCAUGGCAGGCUCAUUAAAUCUCAACAGUAGAUUUGAGGAAGUUGUCAAAGAGCUGGUGGGGGAAGCUCGGUUUCACGAUCCCAAGAAUGCUAAGGCUUUCGCGGCUGCCUUCAAGAAAUUCGAUUCUUCCCUCGAACCAUUCUUCCGCUGUCUUGCCGGUGACAAGUAUACAUUUAUUUUCUUAAGGGCAAAGCUUAAAGAUGACGUGAAGAGAGGCCUCGUAAACAAAGUUUGGACUUUGAAGUCUAAUGACAUAAAACUCAUAUUCGACCCUAUAAUUGCAGAUAUUAUGGUCAAGGUCAACAAACAGGUGCAGGAUGACAUAACGAAGAGACUUUCGGAAAACCAUCCAAAGGCGAAAAUAAUCAAAGUUAUUAAGAUAUCCUACCUCACCUCUUCUUGGAAUUUUCAAUAA